CGCAAAACGGAAAUCAAGAAGAAGAAGAAGAAAAAGAAUAACCAAUACAUCAGUAAAUAUUACAAGCCAACUGUAGCGGCUGAAGGAAAGUAGCUUGAGUACAUUACCUUUUUAAGAGAGGCAAAAUGCCUCGUUAUGCCCAGCUAGUGAUGGGCCCGGCUGGUAGCGGUAAGAGUACCUACUGCUCCACCAUGGUCCAGCAUUCAGAGGCCUUAAACCGUUCAGUUCAGGUGGUCAAUUUGGACCCAGCAGCUGAACACUUUGACUACCCUGUCAUGGCAGACAUCCGUGAGCUCAUCCAGGUUGAUGAUGUGAUGGAAGACGACUCUCUCAGAUUUGGCCCGAAUGGAGGCCUGGUCUUCUGCAUGGAAUACUUCGCCAACAACUUUGACUGGCUGGAGGAAAGCCUGGGUCACGUUGAAGACGACUAUAUAUUAUUUGACUGUCCAGGUCAGAUCGAGCUUUAUACGCACCUGCCUGUAAUGAAGCAGCUGGUGGAGCAGCUCCAGCAGUGGGAGUUUCGUGUUUGUGGAGUUUUUCUGGUAGACUCACAGUUCAUGGUGGAGUCUUUUAAGUUUAUCUCAGGAGUUAUGGCUGCCCUGAGUGCCAUGGUGUCACUAGAGAUUCCUCAAGUAAACAUCAUGACAAAAAUGGACCUGCUCAAUCCCAAAGCCAAGAAGGAAAUUGAAAAGUACCUGGACCCAGACAUGUACUCCAUGAUGGAAGAUAACUCUGACACCAUCAAAAGCAAUAAGUUCAAGAAGCUGACCAAAGCUAUUUGUGGUCUGAUUGAUGACUACAGCAUGGUAAGAUUCCUCCCCUUUGACCGCACAGAUGAAGAAGGUAUUAACAUAGUACUGCAACACAUUGACUUCUCCAUACAGUAUGGAGAGGACCUGGAGGUCAAGGAGCCGAAGGAGAUCGAUGAAGAGCCCGCGAACCUAGAUUAUGAUGAGAUUUUUCAAGACAAAGUGAACAGCUGAUGAAUAAUGUGACCUCAAAAAAACAGACUGUGUACAAGAAGAGGUUCAGCUGAAGAAUUGCAUGUGACUGCAUGGAUUCAGAGACAUGGACACACGGUCAUAUAUUUUUAUGGUUUUCUGUUUUGUUGCCUCAUAAACUUGAGAGAUUCAAUCCUUUCAUGAUGUAUACUUUUAGGAGUAUGGAGUUGUUGUUAAAUACAUUCAUUAAUGCUAUAUUUUGAUAAAUAAAAACGUUGAAACAA